AUGGGCAUGGAGCCGGGCGUGGAAGAACUGGCCGCUGGCGGGCCAGGCCCCCCCAGAGCCCCCACAGGAAAAGCCCUCGGACAGACGGACGGCAGCUCCCCUUUCGCGAGCAGCCAGGCCAGCGCCGCCGCCACUAAGCACCGCGUGGUCCCCCAGAGCCCGCCAGGUGGGGGCCGCGACGUUAUUGUCCAGAUGGAGAAACUGAGGCUGCGGGAAGGGACGUCCUUGCCCAAGGUCACAGAGGUGAGCCAAGAAAGGCGGCUCUGUGCGCCCUCCCGGACGGCCCGGCCCGGCCCCUCCCCGCUCAGCGGGCGGCACCCAGCGCCCUGCAGGCCCUGGGCUGGCAGCUGCCCGGUGAGGCUGCGAGACUCAGAGCCGAGGCACCAGCUCCGGCUCGGCAGCACUGACGGCAGGAUAGGCAGCCCCGCGGCCAGCAAACGGGCAGCCCCCGCGAGGCCCCAGGCCGAGGCCGGUCCUUCCCGGGCCUCGGGCCCCCGCUGCGACUGGCCACAGGGAGACGGGAAAGUGGCCAUCUCGGCGACGCUGGGCGAGCUGUCCGUCCUCACGAGCCGGGGCAGCAGGCGGGCACAGGGGCCACGCCGCGAGGAGCCGGGACCGGCACGCCUCCGGGCAGGCAGGGAGUCAGGCAGCCGCGAGAACGCCGGGCCCAGCGAGCUCCCACCCCGCGCAGACCCGCCGCAGGGUGGCGGCCACCCCGCAAGCCAGGAGCACGAGGGGGCGUCCCGCCGGACGGAGGAAGGCCGUCCUGUGGUUUUCGUGGGACCCGCGGCUCCAGCGCCCGCCUCCCGGGAGACCGGCCGCCUCUGCGCUCCGCGCGGCGGGACUGAUCCGGAGCCCCGUCAGCGCGAGGCCGGGAGGGUGCCACAGGCGCCCGUGCCCGAGGGCGGCCUCUCCUCUCCCGCUUGCCCGGGGCCGUGA